CAACCGCGGGGUUUUGUUUGUUCUCAAGGUCAAGGUCAUCUUAGAUUUCUAUAUGUCAUCUGAAGGUAUAUGGUGUUUUGAUAUGUACUACUAACGUUAAGAAGUAUCUGGCUUUCUUUGUCCGGAUUGUCUGAAGUCAUUUCCGGAUUCGGAAUAUCUCAUGCUGCAUUUUGAAACAACUCAUGCGAGUCUCUGCAAUGACAGUAUUGAAUCUCCCGCUGAAAACAAGUGUAACGGUGCAACUGAUAAACUUCAUUCCUACGAAAACUUAGUCGGUGAAUUGUCAACUCAUAAUUUAAAUCUGUUGAACAGGAUCACAGAUCUUGAAGCAGUGAUCCGACUCCUUCUUAAUGAAGCUCCUUUGGUAGAUCCUAAAACAAUAAAAGAUGAUGAGCUUAAGAAUAAAGUGAGCAGUUUUCUAGACUAUCAAGCUCAGCUAGCAAGCACUUAUUCAUCAAUAAAGUCAACUGAUGCCAGUUUGGCGGAAAAGGAUGACAAAAUUAACCUAUUGGAAAAGCGUAUAAACGAGCUGGAAAUUAAGGACGAGAUUAUCAAAUUGGAUGCAAUCACCAAUACUCAGGUGGAUACUGAUAACGCGGAAGUACAGUUUACUGCAGAGGAGUUAGUGAACAAUGAAAACUCUGAGGAUAAAUCAAAACAAACCAAUGAAGACAGUCUACGGAUAAAUCAAAGGUUGAAUUCUCUUUUAUCAGAAAAUGAAUCUUUAAAAACAGAAUUGUUGUCAACAAAACGUGAGCUGAACAACUAUCAAACAAAGCUGUCAGAUACCACUGAAAUGAAAACAAGUGAAAUAAACAAACUAGAAACAGAAUUAACCAAUCGAUCCGCGUGUAUAUCGAUUCUUGAAAGACAAAUUCAAGAAUUAAAACUUACUAAUAAAAAACUCACUGAAGAUCUGUCUGUUAUACAGCAUACUAAAGACACCUUACAAACUCAUCUAACAACACUGAGAAAUGAUUUUGAAAUAAAACGAAAACAAUCGGAGAAUGAAAUUAGCCGUUUAACUAAUGAAUUAUCAGAAUUACACAAGGCGAAUAAAGCGCUUCAAGAAAACUGUGAUCAUCUAAAACUUCAAGCUGAUGAAGCGGUAAAAUCAAAUGGAAUGUCAGAAGAAAAGUUAAUUAGUUUAGAAAAGGAGCUUAAAGUUGUCCGUGCAGAUUUACAGACAGAAUCAGCUUUGUCCAAGAAGGAAAUUGAUUCGUUAAUGGAAAAGUUGAUUAGCGCUGAAGAUGUUAGUUCAAGUCUUCGAAGUGAAUUGAAUUCAAAAGUUAAAGAAAUCAAAGAGCUACAGACUGCUGUGAUUGAAUUAGGCCGAGAAAAUCAAACCCUUCAGGUGUUACGAGAGCGCUUAACAAAUCGUCAAUGGACUAAAGAUGAUGAAGCUAUGACGUGUUUUGGUUGCGAUCGAGAAUUCUCUAUCAGCACAAGAAGGCAUCAUUGCAGGAACUGUGGUGGCAUAUUCUGUCAGACCUGUUCAUCUAAUCGUGCGGCUACAACAUUUAGUAAAGAUCCAGUUCGUGUAUGUCAGGCUUGUUAUAAAGAGUUGACUGGUAAUUUGUGAUAUAGUAAAACUAACCAGUGUCUAGUCUAGUCUUUCUAAUUUCAUCAGCUGAGAAUUUAGCUUCUGUGUAAAUAAAGUAAUGUGUUGUUAUUACUUUUGCACAAAAUGCAUUUCACUCUCUCUCUCCCUCUCUCUAUUUUCACUUUGCCAAUCAUGUGUUCUGUCCGUGAUGCUGCAAUUAGGAAUUUGAUUUUAUCCUCAAUUAUGAACAAUAUUAAUUUAUAGCAUGCUUUAUUAAACUGACAAUGUUUUCAACACGAAGUCAAAUGCGUCUACUUUUAAUAAUUUCAUUUAUCACAUGUAUACCCUAUAAUCAUUUAAACAAAAUUAGCUACUUUUAUCGCACAAGAGAGAUAUAUAGCUUAAUCAUACAUAUUGAGUACUUUAACAGCAUUAUGCUUUCUUUUAAAAGCCUUCUUUCUGAUGAUCUCGUUUUCUUCUUUGUUUUUUUAUCAAGUAUGUGAUUCUUUCUUUGCGUUUAUUAAACUAAUAAUAAAGCCUUUAAUUCCCGAUCA